AUGUCAUCUAAAACCAAAAUAUUUAUUUUAUUAAUUUUUAAUCUAUUAUUUUUACAAAUCCAAUCACUUUUAACAAUUUUAAAUAAAGAAUCUCCUUCUUUAUGCAACCCAAAUAAAAAUUUAAUUUUUUCUUCCUGCAAAGACGGCCUUCCUUGGCCUAGAGAAGAUUUUACUUCAAUUUCUGUUUUAAUCACUCACGGAAUUCAUUGUAUCGAUAUAUUACAAGAAGACAAUCCAAACUUUGAAGAACACCUUCAAUUCCACAAAGAACAUUGUUUGGAGUUGAUUAAAUUAAUUUAUAAAUUCUUCGAGGAAAAUAAGAAUUAUACAGUUCCAAAGGAGUUAUGUAAAUAUUUUCGACAGGCAGCCUUUCCAGGUGGAAGAGUAAGAAGAGGAUUGUGGGGUUGUGGAUGGGAAAACGGAAAAGAAGUCGGAGGAAGAAGAAAAAGAGGUUGUAGUGGAAGAAGGAAGAAGAGGGAUUUAGAAGAAGUUAAUGGAUUGGAAGAAUUGGACGACAAUGAUUUUAAAGAAAUGGCAACAAAUAAUUUUGAGUUACUCCUUUUAAAAGAGAAAAAUGAAAAAUUGUCGGAAAUUGAGAAAAAAUAUUUGGAAGGAUCUAGAAACCCUUUAGCGAUUAGAAUGGCAGCAUUGGGAAUUUAUUGCAAAUUUGAAUCAUAUGAGAAUGUGGUAAAAGAUGUUAUUAAUGGAAAAAUUAUAUUUAAUUAA